AUGACAUAAGUUAGAUGUGAGCCUGAUUAAAAACUUAUUAUGCCUUUGAUUAAAAAGAUUGCAUUUUUUUAGGAGCAUGAUAAUAUCAAAUAAGAAGAUCUUAAUGAAAUACUUGUCAGACUAAAAUAUGAAUUCUACAAAGCAGGGGAUAUCAUUUUCUCAUUCGGUAUACUAUUUUUAAAUAAUAUGUGUAAAGGUGACUAUGGUGAUAAAUUCUACAUAAUAUUUCAAGGAUCCGUUGGAGUUCUGAUUCCCAACUCAAAACGCAGAAAGACCACGGUUGAGCGAGCUAAUUAAAAUGUCUCUUAAAAAUUCACAAUGGCUUAACGUCUUCGAACAAUAGCUAAGCAGAACACUCUAAUAGGAAUGAAUAGUUCACAAUCGAACACGAAUCCUAUCCAUAAAGAUUCAAGCAAUAUACUGUUCGUAAAUUCAUAAAAUUCUACUAGCAGAGCUGAGCAAGAGCCCACUAACAAUAAUAACAAUGUAUCUUAAAACAUUAACUAGCAUAAUUAGAAUAAGAGAUACUCUUCAAUAGAUGAGAAGUCCAUUGAAAUAGACGAUCUUAAUGAUAAUAAUAACGGUAGUCCUGAAGAUGAGUAUAGAAGCAUUAGCAAUCAGAGAGAUUUAUUCAAGAAUCAGCAAAACUCCAAAGAUACCAUUGAAACUGAUAAAUCUCAAAAUCGAGGAUCAUUUAAGUUAGAUACCACCAGUCGUAUGCUAAUAAAUCCUUCCAUAAAUGCUUCUUCUAAUGAAAUAUCAUAGAAGAAUCAGAACUCUCUUAAUAAGGUACCCAUCAGCAGCAUGAAAAUGAAUUUCAUAGAGCCAGAAGAUCCAAUGAAAGAUGAGUUCUACAGAGAGGUAGCUACCCUAGUUGCUGGUAGUAGUUUUGGAGAACUGGCAUUGAUACAACUCAAGCCAAGAGCAGCUACAAUUAUAUGCAAAGAAGAUUGUAUGUUUGCUACCCUUGAUAGAUAGUCAUAUGAUAAAGUGCUCAAAAAGAUUUAGCAAAACUAACUUAAUUUGAACAUCAAGUUUCUUUAGAGCAUUCCAUUUUUUAGUAAAUGGACUAAAAAUUCAGUCGCAAAGUUUAGUUAUUAUUUUGAAAAGAAACAGUUUAGACGCAACCAGAUAGUGUAUAGAGAGGGUGAUUAAUGUCUAUCAGUCUAUUUGGUAAUCAAAGGUGAAUUUGAAGUUAAAAAGAAAGUCAAGAAUUAAUCUACUCAACGUGAGUUAUUUGAUAUGAUGGAGUUCUUACCCUAGAAGAAGAAUAAGUAAUACUAGUAAAAUGUCAAGAAUGGCAGGUUUAUUAAGGCUGUUAAUAACUUUAAGUCCAAGAAGGCAGUGGAGUCCACUCAGAAUUUCAGAAUCAUGAUAAUUGGAUAAGGAAACGUGAUAGGUGAGGAGGAUGCUAUAAAAGAUAGGUACUAUUCGACAAGCGUUAGUUGUUUCUCACAAGAAGGAGAAGUAUAUAUAAUCUCAAUAGAAAAUUUUCACAAGUUUAUUAAGGCCACAGAUAUGGAGACCUGGAUGAUGCUUGAGAAAAAUGCUCUUCAAAAGGAAUUGAACAUACUUAAGAUAAUGGAAGCAAAGUUUAAACUAGAAGAGGAUAGUAUGCUUUUGAAAGCUGACUAUCCCAAUAAAUAUGUUGAUCAAGAGCUCAAUUAUAUGAAAGAAAUAAGAGAAACCUAUUUUGUUCCAAAAGCAGAUGAUUAUAUUGAAGAGAUUCUACCACUAGUAAACAAAUAAAAAGACUAUGAGAUAUGUGAUUCUAAUAUCAGAUCUAGGACAAGAGAUGUAUAAAAGCGAUCAAGUAUACUUAGUAAUGCUGGUUUUAAUAGUCCUCUUAAAGAUAGGAUUAAAGGCAACAAGACUUAACUCAACUUGCUAAAACAAAAAAAGACAAUCGAAUUUAAUAUUUCAUAAAUUAGCUGCAAACCAAUCUAAUAAAGAAAUUCUAGCAUGACCCAAUACUAAUUGCCGCAAGAUAAUCAAAAAUUGUUGCUGAAUAAUAACUUAAGCAACUAUGAUAAUUAGCUAAUUACUGAAGGCAGUUUAUUUGAAGACUCUAGAAUGCUAAAUAAUUCAGAGCUAAUGAUGGCAGACAUUUACUAAGACUCUUAUAACAAAUCACAGCUAACUCAUUUAAAAGACAAAAAUAGUAUAUCAAAUUUAGACCAUUAAACCCAAUAUCAAUCAACUAUUUCACAAUCUCAUUUAUAAGCUCGAACUGCUAAUACUAAUAAUAGAGAAAUGAAAAUGAUAGAAAACCCUUAUAGCAUGCUUAACUUGAAAUCAGCAGCAAAUGGAAGUGGGACAUAGCAACAACAUAGAUACUAACAAUAGUGUACUCUAAGCCACUCAAUAUUAUAAAGGAGGAAACAAAGUCAGCAUAUGUAAAGUAGAAACAAUAUGAUCCAGAAAUUUUACUCAAACUAGAGUGAUAUUAAUAAUAGUCAUUUGAUUGUUCCACCAAUAAAUCAGAACUCUCAUUAAAUCUAGAAACUAUAGCUUGUAAAUCUAUUGAAGAAAAACUAAAACUAGAGUCAAUUAAUGGAGGUAAGCACUCUUAAAUAAUCUUAGGCAAGAUCUAAAAGUUUUUCUAACACAACAAGUAAUGGUUUCUCACAAAAUCAGAAUUCAAUGAGACAGUAAUAUAUUAAAAAAUAAUGA